AAAGAAAAAUAGUUCUUAAUACUUUUUCUUUUCUUCUUUUUAAGGUUUCCUCUCAAAAGUUUUUUCCUUGUUUCUUCUCUCCUUUCCAACGGUCAAAGUUUUUGACAUCGUGGGAAUAUUUAUAUUGGAGAAAAAAUAUCCAUUGUAUACUAAAAUAUCACCUGAAACCCUAUAACAAAUCUUAGUUUGAGCAAUGAAAAUGGAAGAAAUCUUAAUCUGCUCUUUGCUUUCGGUUCUUAUACUAUGGGUGGCCACCAAGUUAAUCACCUCAACUCACAAAAAUCACCCACCAAGUCCUCUGGCUCUUCCGAUUCUGGGUCAUCUCCAUCUCCUCAAAGAACCCCUCCAUCGAACACUCUUCACCCUCUCCCAAAAACACGGCCCCAUCUUCUCCCUCAAGCUUGGCUCUCGUUUCCUGGUCGUCGUUUCAUCACCCUCUACCGUCCAAGAAUGUUUCACCAAGAAUGACAUCGUCUUAGCCAACCGCCCUCGCUUCAUCAUGGGCAAGUACGUCGGCUAUAACUACACCACUCUUGGUCUGGCUCCCUACGGCGAUCAUUGGCGCAACCUACGUCGACUCUCCACCAUCGAUAUCUUCUCCUCCACUCGUUUGAACAUGUCUUUAGACAUUCGAAGGGAUGAAGUCAGCCGCUUGUUGCGCCGAUUGUACCAGGUUUCCGCCGAUGGGUUCGCCAAGGUAGAGCUGAAAUCAGUGUUUUCGGAGCUGACGUUUAACAUAAUCAUGAGAAUGAUGGCUGGGAAACGGUAUUUCGGCGACGAAGCUACCCAGAAUUCCGACGAAGGGAGGCGGUUCCGGAAGAUGAUUAAGGAGCUUUUCGAAUUGGCAGUGUCUUCAUAUCCUGGAGAUUUCCUGCCAAUACUGCAGUUGGUUGAUUACGAUGGAUACAUCAAGAGAAUAAAAGAUCUGGGUAGUAAAACAGAUGAAUUAAUGCAAGGAAUGAUCCAUGAACAUAGAAGCAAGAAAGGCGAUUUGAACAUCAAAAACACCAUGAUAACCCAUUUGCUAUCUAUGCAAGAAUCUCAGCCGGAAUAUUAUACUGAUGAAAUCAUCAAAGGACUCAUACAAGUCAUUUUAAAUGCAGGAACUGAUACAACAGCAAUAACAUUGGAAUGGGCAAUGUCUAAUCUACUGAACAAUCCUCAUGUGCUAGAAAAAGCUAGAGCUGAAUUAGACAAACUUGUCGGUCAAGAAAAACUGGUGGAAGAAGCUGAUGUCGCAAAAUUACCUUACUUACAAAGCAUAAUUUCAGAGACACUUCGACUAUAUCCAGCAGCUCCACUGUUAGUUCCACAUUCGGCAUCUGAAAUUUGCAGUAUUGAAGGCUAUGAAAUACCCAAAGACGCAAUUGUGAUGGUGAAUGCUUGGGCUAUUCAAAGAGACCCCAAUUUAUGGGAUGAUGCAUUAAGCUUUAAGCCAGAGAGGUUUGAGGAAGGCAAAGAGAUGAGUGACCAGAUUUAUAAGUUGAUGCCGUUUGGAUUAGGAAGAAGAGCUUGCCCUGGAAUGGUAUUAGCUCAACAUGUUUUGGGGUUGACAUUAGGGGCAUUGAUUCAAUGUUUUGAGUGGGAACGGGUGAGUGAAAAGAAAAUCGACAUGACUGAUGGCCAAGGGCUUACUAUGCCUAAAGUUCAACCAUUGGAAGCCAUGUGCAAAGCAAGUCAGCUCGGGAAGAAGUUACUUUGUUUCUGAAGUUGUUUGAGAUUAGUAAACAUUUUCUUUUUCGUUUUUAUAAUUUUUCAUGAAAAAUGUCUUUCAUGUCUGUGGCUUUCUGCUGGAAA